AUGCGAUUCGGCAAGACUCUUCGGGAGGCCACUUAUGCGCCAUGGAAGGACAAAUACAUUGACUAUAGCAAGCUCAAAGCCCUGCUGCACGAGGACAAGUUUGACGAUGACAGUGUGCCUUGGACCGAGGACGACGAGAACCGUUUCUGUGACGAAAUCUUCAAUGUCCAGCUCGAAAAGGUCGCUGGCUUCCAGCAAGAGCGAGUCGAUGCCCUCAAGCAGCGAGUGGAGGCUGCCUUUGAGAAGCUCAAAGAGCUAUCGCCACCUGAGGGUGACGCCCAGGUUACCCGUUCGGAGGAAGAGACGGCCAAAUUGAAGGAGCUGGAGAAGGAGCUUGAUAGCAUCACUAACGAGGUCAAGGAGCUCAAAAAGUACAGCAGCAUCAAUUAUACUGGUUUCCUCAAGAUUGUCAAGAAGCAUGACCGCAAGCGGGGUGACCGGUACAAGGUCCGUCCCAUGAUGCAGCUCAGCUUGUCGCAGCGACCUUUCAAUUCUGAGCAGGGAUACUCGCCGCUACUGAACAAGCUGUCUAUCAUGUACUUUGCCAUUAGGCAGCAACUGGAGGGUGCUUCUGGAGAGCAGAACGUGCUGGACUUGGAUAGCCAGGGAGAGACUCACAAUGGGGAGCGAUAUACCGCUCAUAAAUUCUGGGUGCACCCUGACAACUUGCUCGAAGUUCAGACGUUGAUUCUUCGCCGACUCCCUUCUCUCGUGUAUAGCGACCAAACAUCCAAGGAGGUGGAUGGGAACGACUCUCCAGCCAUUACCUCGCUUUACUUCGACAACAAAAAGUUCGAGCUCUACUCCGACAAAGUUGAUCGUCAGUCAGAGACGUCUUCGCUUCGAUUGCGUUGGUAUGGCCAGCUGAAUACUCGACCCGACAUCUUUCUCGAGCAAAAGGUCGCCGAUGCCACAGGCAGCAGCGAGGAGCACAAAUUCACCAUCAAGGAUAAAUACGUCAAGCCAUUUAUUGACGGAGAAUAUACUAUGGAGAAGAGCGUGCAGAAGAUGGAGCGCCAAGGCCAGCCCGCCGACAAGAUUGAAAGCUACAAGGAAACUGUGUCCAAGAUUCAGGAGUUUGUCAAGGAAAAGAAGCUGGGUCCGGUUCUGAGAGCAAACUACGUCCGAACAGCCUUCCAGAAGCCGCUAGACCCUCGCGUCCGUAUCUCGAUUGAUACAAACCUCGCCUUCAUUCGAGAAGAUACUCUAGAUCCCGAACGCCCAUGCCGCGACCCCAGUGACUGGCACCGAGCUGAUAUCGACAACAGCAGCAUGACGUACCCAUUCCGAAAUAUCAACCAGAGCGAGGUUUCCAAAUUUCCUUUUGCCGUGCUUGAGAUCAAGCUCAAAGAGGAUGGAAAUCGGAAGCGACCCUCAUGGAUCGAGGACCUUAUGGGCUCACAUCUCGUGCAUCCAGCGCCGAGAUUCUCCAAGUUUGUCCACGGCGUGGCCUCUUUGUUUGAGGAUCAUGUGAACAAUCUCCCAUUCUGGCUAAGUGAUCUCGAGACGGACAUUCGCAAGGAUCCUCAAAAGGCGUUUGAGGAAGAGGAGCAGAGACGAGCGCAGAGAGCCGAUGACGCAUUGGCUGUUGGCAGCUUGAUUGGCACAGUGCCUACCUCGUACCGGGCUGCGCAGAGUUCACCAGUUGGCAAGUCAUACUUGGCUGACAGAAUGGCUGCGGACUCCAAGGCUGCCAUGUCUACUUCACUUCGCAGGACGAGUGGUGUUGCCAAUGGCGAAGAAGAGGGCGAGUCCAGCAAUUCUCAGCAGCGGGAGGAGCAAACAGAGAAUCGAAGAGGCUAUGGCACGUUGUCCUCUGUUCUGCCUGGUCUCUCCUUAUCCAAGUACGCCAAAGCGAAGCGUGCUCAGAAGGCGCAGCUUCCUGAGGGUGUCGUUGAGCCGAAGCAAUGGAUCAAGAACAUGGGCGAGCUGAAGGUUGAGCCCAAGGUGUGGCUGGCAAAUGAGCGUACGUUCUUGAAGUGGCAGCAUAUUGCCAUUCUCCAGGGCAGUUUGGCCUUGGCACUGUAUACUGCCGCUGGUAAAAACUUUCUUGCGGAGGCAAUGGGAGCUGUCUACGUGCUUAUUGCGGCAUUCGCGGGCCUCUGGGGCUACUAUAUGCAUCAGGUGCGGAGGGGCAUGAUUUUGGAGAGAAGUGGAAAGGACUUUGACAACAUGCUUGGGCCGUUGAUAAUCAGUGUUGCCUUGAUGGUGGCGCUCAUUGUGAAUUUUAUAUUGCAGUACCAGAAGGCGUUUUCGAAGCUGGGCGGCGGCAAUGAUACCAGCACAGACGUCAUCUCAGAUGAGCUGAGGUGA